ACUUGCCAAACCCUCCAGCAGCUGAGUGUCCAGCCAGAGAGCAGCCCAGGCGAGCACUCCACCACCAGCCCAUGGACCCCCGGCGACUCCUCCUGUUCCUUGGCCUCUGCUCAGCUGGCCUCGUCCUGGGCUCCGAACAUGAGAUCCGCCUGGUGGCAAAGCUAUUUGAAAACUACAACAGCGUAGUACGGCCCGUGGAAGACCACCGCAAGGCCGUGGAGGUGACAGUGGGCUUGCAGCUGAUACAGCUCAUCAACGUGGAUGAAGUAAAUCAGAUCGUGACAACCAAUGUUCGUCUGAAACAGCAAUGGGUGGAUUACAACUUAAAAUGGAACCCAGACGACUAUGGUGGCGUGAAAAAAAUUCACAUUCCAUCGGAAAAGAUCUGGCACCCGGACCUAGUUCUUUAUAACAAUGCAGAUGGUGACUUUGCCAUCGUCAAGUUCACCAAAGUGCUCCUGGACUACACUGGCCACAUCACAUGGACACCUCCCGCCAUCUUUAAAAGCUACUGUGAGAUCAUCGUCACCCACUUUCCCUUUGAUGAACAGAACUGCAGCAUGAAGCUGGGCACCUGGACCUAUGACGGAUCCGUGGUGGCCAUCUACCCGGAAAGCGACCAGCCAGACCUAAGCAACUUCAUGGAGAGUGGGGAAUGGGUGAUCAAGGAGUCCCGGGGCUGGAAGCACUGGGUGUUCUACGCCUGCUGCCCCUCCACCCCCUACCUGGACAUCACCUACCACUUUGUCAUGCAGCGCCUGCCCCUCUACUUCAUCGUCAACGUCAUCAUUCCCUGCCUGCUCUUCUCCUUCUUAACCGGCCUGGUGUUCUACCUGCCCACAGACUCAGGAGAGAAGAUGACUUUGAGCAUCUCUGUCCUGCUGUCCUUAACCGUGUUCCUUCUGGUCAUUGUGGAGCUGAUCCCUUCCACCUCCAGUGCGGUGCCCUUGAUUGGGAAGUACAUGCUGUUCACCAUGGUGUUUGUCAUCGCAUCCAUCAUCAUCACCGUCAUCGUCAUCAACACACACCACCGCUCCCCCAGCACCCACGUCAUGCCCGAGUGGGUGCGGAAGGUUUUUAUCGACACUAUCCCAAAUAUCAUGUUCUUCUCCACGAUGAAAAGACCAUCCAGAGAAAAACAAGACAAGAAAAUUUUUACAGAAGACAUUGAUAUUUCUGACAUUUCUGGGAAGCCGGGACCUCCACCCAUGGGUUUCCACUCUCCGCUGAUCAAACACCCCGAGGUGAAAAGUGCCAUUGAGGGCAUCAAAUACAUCGCAGAGACCAUGAAGUCAGACCAGGAGUCCAAUAACGCGGCCGAGGAAUGGAAGUACGUUGCAAUGGUGAUGGACCACAUUCUCCUCGGAGUCUUCAUGCUCGUCUGCAUCAUCGGAACCCUGGCUGUGUUUGCAGGUCGGCUCAUUGAAUUAAAUCAGCAAGGAUGAGCGGAAAGCUGAGCUGAACCUCAGCGCCAGGGAAAUUUGUCUACUUGGAUACAUGCUCACUUCUCAAUCAUUUAAUUUUCUGUAUUUAUUAUUCAUGACAAAAGUUUCUGUUUAUAUAAGGUUAUAGCCUCAAAGUGUCUUCACAUUGCUUCUCCCUUCACUCCUACUGUGGCUGCCUGGAGAGUGAACCCUUUGCAGUAAAUGAAUCUGGAUCGCUACAUGAAGCGUUCAUUUCCAACAGUGUCCAGAAGAAUUCUGCCCAGGAUAACUGAGCUUUUCUGUUAGUUUUUUAA